AUGGCUCAUUCCUGGGAUCACGAGAGAGACAAGCAGUUGCUUGUAGCCAUCCUGGCUGUCCAUUCUCCGCUGGACUUUGCCGCCAUUGCCAAAGCGAUAGGACAGGGCGACAGCACUGCAGCCGUGAAGAACCACGUCUAUUCUCUGAAGACCCGCCAAGAGGCAGCCUCUGCGCAAUCUAAGACCAAUCACAAGGCGGAAAAGCCAUCAGGCCGUGGGCGCAAGGCCACCAAGUCUCCCACCAAGCGCAAGAGCGCCUCACUCACUAAGCCUGAGAAGGAUUCCGUUGUCGAGAACCAGGGUGGGGAUGGAGAUGGCGAUGAAUCCGGCGGAAGUCCCACCAAGCAACGCAAGCUCUAA